AUGGCGACCGAAUGCACGAAUGGAGCGCAACCCGUCCGUGACGCGGAAGAUUCCGGGACUGUUUACCACCCGCCGACGUACUCGGCGAUGGCGUAUCCGCAGCGCCAUGCAUCCUUCACGUGCUACGACGGCACAUCGAGCGCAGCCACGACGUCGACCACCUCGUCUGGCCAAGGAGAGAAUGGAUCUCUGUCGAGAAGCUAUUUGGGGGGCCGCCCUGUAGGCAAGCUCGGAGACUCGACUCUGUUCGGAACGACCGACCCGACUGCGACCCCUGAGUUCCGCCCCAUGUCGCAAAAGUACGCGGCUCAGUAUGAGGAGGUCAAGCAAAUCCUGGCUCAGAGAGGAGAUCUCUCCAAGAGAGUGAUCAGCGCGAACGCCGACGCGUACUACAACCACCUUGGCCUGAACGAAUACUACUUCCAAACCGCCACUGCGCAAACGGUCGCGAGCAACUUGGCGUGCGUCAUUGCCGCCAAAAUUCUGAACGAGUUCUCGCAUACCGAUUACUUUCCGCAAAUCCAACAGGAGAGAGAUGGAGAGGUCUUCCUGCUCGCCAGGGCUUCCCUCAGGAACCGAAAGGCGUCCCAGAACUACUUGGUCGAGCGCGAAAUCGAGAGGAAGUUUUUGGGCCUGUCGGGCAUGACCACUCCCUACCGCAUGCAGUGCUACCGCUCUACUGGGUCUUUUUUUGACGACCCUGCGGAUGAGAACGAGAGACUGAGGACUUACUUUCUGCAGCAGCCCGAGUAUUGCACCGCGACAACCAGGGAUGGUGCUGAUCCUUGUGAGACUGAUCUUUCCAAGGUCCUCGACGUAUACUUCUACGCGAACAAGAGAAACACGGCGACGGCCGAGAUCUACCAGAAACUGAAUAAGGAGGUCGUAAAGGACUCGACUGGACAAAACCUCUUCAUCAAUGUGGUGCCUCGCGGAACUGGCUACCGCAUGGAUCUUGCUUUCCGUCGCGGACCCCACACUAAGGAGUUCUUCUCGCGCGUCGGCGACAGCGUCACGAUGUGGGGUUUCUACUCCCAGAGGAAGUACGUGGAGCCCCUCGCUAAUGGCGUCUCCAUCAUCACCACGUUCAUUGAGGAGCUGCCGGAGGACCAGUUGAUCGACGUGCCGCAAAUCAGCAUCAGCCGAAGAGUCGAGCGUCUGGUCAAGGCGAUUCGCAUGCAAUACAUCAUGCAACCCUCCAAAUUCACGGAGUUGGCGCAGGAGCGUCAUCUGAGCGUGCACGAGGCUGCGUAUGCGUGGGCUGUGACCAAGUUCAUCCUCCACUUUUCCGGCACUGUCGGCCCCGCGUUCGGCGCCAUCGAGAAGAUGGUCAAGAACUUUGGAUCGGCCGCGCAUCUGUCGCAGCAGGAGCUUUACGAGUUGCGCACUCGCCUGAAGCUGCCCCCCUUCUCUGAGGACACGAUUCUCAAGGUUGUGGAGGCUCAUCCGGACAUCAUCAAGCGUCUGUACGCGGAAUUCCAGGAGAUGCAUCACCCGCGAGCGUACGCAGAGCGCGGACGGGUGCUGAAGGAGUGGGAAGAGGAGACGCCGCUGCGGCGAGACAUUCUGUGCUUGGACAGCCCCGAUGCGCCGCCGAUUCUGCUCAAGUUCCGGCAGUUCAACAAGCACAUCGUCCGCACAAACUUCUGGAAGGACGUUAAGCAGGCGCUCGCCUUCCGCAUGGACGCAGAGUUCUUGCCCGAGGCCGACUACCCCGAGCGCCCCUACGCAGUCCUCUUCACUGUUGGCCUCAACUUCACCGGAUUCCAUGCGCGAUUUGCAGAGGUCGCCCGUGGAGGCGUCCGCGUCGUGCAGUCCUUCACGACGCAGAGCUACCAGCGCAACCGCGACACGGCGUUCGAUGAGGUCUACAAGCUCGCCAGCACGCAGAACUUGAAGAACAAGGAUAUCCCCGAGGGCGGCAGCAAGGGUGUCGUCCUGCUGAACAAAACUGAGUCCCGCGACGAAGCCGCGGCGCUGACCAAGUCUGCCUUCAAGGCUUACAUUGACAGCAUGCUGGACGUGCUGCUUACGGAUCCGCGGGUCGUGGACCGCCUCGGCAAAGAGGAGGUGUGUUUUUUGGGUCCCGAUGAGCACACAGGCACUGGCGGUCUGAUGGACUGGGCGGCGCUGCGAGCGAAAGAGCGAAACGCGUGGUUCUGGAAGGCGUUCACCACUGGCAAGCUGCCGGCGAUGGGCGGCAUUCCACACGACACCUACGGCAUGACCACGGCGAGCAUUGAGACGUACAUCCAGGGCAUCUUGGAGAAGAAGAACUUGAAGGAAGAGGAUGUGACGCGUCAGCUGAUUGGAGGCCCGGACGGCGACCUCGGCAGCAAUGCGCUGCUCAAGAGCAACACGCGCACGACCACGAUCGUGGACGGCAGCGGCGUCCUUCACGACCCCAAGGGCCUGGACAUCAACGAACUCCGCCGGCUCGCGCGCCGUCGCUUCGAGGGCCUCCCAACCAGCUCGAUGCUGUACGACGAGAAGCUGCUCAGCCCCAUGGGCUUCAAGGUCUCCCAAGACGCGCGCGACGUCGUGCUCCCCGAUGGAACGGCGGUCGCCUCCGGCUUCGAGUUCCGCGGCGGAUUCCACCUCGACGCGCGCGGAUCCGCCGACCUCUUCAACCCCUGCGGCGGACGCCCCGCCUCUAUCACCCCCUUCAAUGUCGACAAGAUGUUUGAUGGCAAGGGCGCGCCGCGCUUCAAGUUCAUCGUCGAAGGUGCCAACGUCUUCAUCACCGAUGAAGCCCGCCGCAUGCUCGAAGAACGUGGAGUCAUUCUAUUCAAAGACGCCUCGACAAACAAGGGUGGCGUGACGUCGUCGUCGCACGAGGUGCUCGCGGCGCUGGCGAUGACCGACGAGGAGUUUGCGCAGCACAUGCAGGUUCAGGACUCGAAGGAGCCACCGGUCUUCUAUCAAGUCUACGUGCAGCAGGUGAUGAAGCGCAUCCGCGAGAACGCGCGCCUCGAGUUCAACGCGCUGUGGGACGAGAGUCUGCGCACCGGCAAGCCCCGCUGCGACUUGACUGACGUCCUCUCAGCCAAGAUCCUGAAGCUCAAGCGCGACAUUCGCAACAGCGACUCGCUCUGGAACGACGACGAUCUCGUGAGCCGCGUCUUGCUCAAGGCGCUGCCGGAAGUCCUCGUUCCUGGACUCAUGAGCAUCGAAACCCUCCGCAAGAGAGUGCCUGAGUCGUACCUGCAAGCGAUUUUCCAGUGCUUCCUGGCGUCUCGGUUCUACUACUCCCAGCAGUUCACCGAUGAUCUUUCGACUUUCGCCUUCUUCGACUACAUUCGCCGCAUCAAGGCGGAGCCCGCGCCCGCGGCGGAGGCUAAAGAAAACUGA